AUGAUGCUCAAGAUGCUGCCGUUUAAGCUGCUGCUGGUGGCCGUGGUGCUGUGCUUCUUCGAGGGGGAUGCCAAGUUCGGGGAGAGCGGCGCCCGCAGGAGAAGGUGCCUCAACGGGACCCCGCCGCGGCGGCUGAAGAAGCGCGACCGGCGGCUGCUGGCCCCGGAGGCGCCGGGCGGCGGGGAGGCGAUGUGCCGCGGCCUCUACCCGCGCCUCUCCUGCUGCCCCCGCGCUGACACGCAGGGGCUGCUGCACGCCGACACCAAGAUACUUUCUGUUACGAACAACACAGAAUGUGCGAAGCUACUGGAGGAAAUCAAAUGUGCACACUGCUCACCUCAUGCCCAGAAUCUAUUCCACUCACCUGAGAAAGGGGAAACAUCUGAAAGAGAGCUAACUCUUCCCUACCUGUGCAAAGACUAUUGUAAAGAAUUCUAUUAUACUUGCAGAGGUCACAUACCAGGUUUUCUCCAAACUACAGCUGAUGAGUUUUGCUUUUACUAUGCAAGAAAAGAUGGUGGUGUAUGCUUUCCAGAUUUUCCAAGAAAACAAGUGCGAGGGCCAGCUUCUAACUCCUUGGACCACAUGGAAGAAUAUGACAAAGAGGAAGAGAUCAGCAGAAAACACAAGCACAACUGCUUCUGUAUUCAGGAGGUUGUGAGUGGACUAAGGCAGCCUGUUGGAGCAGUACAUUGUGGGGAUGGAUCUCAUCGCCUCUUUAUACUUGAAAAAGAAGGAUAUGUGAAGAUUUUCAGUCCUGAAGGAGACAUAAUCAAGGAACCUUUUUUGGAUAUACACAAGCUUGUUCAAAGUGGAAUAAAGGGAGGAGAUGAAAGAGGACUGUUAAGCCUUGCAUUCCAUCCCAAUUACAAGAAAAAUGGAAAGCUGUAUGUGUCUUAUACCACCAACCAAGAACGGUGGGCUAUUGGACCUCAUGAUCACAUCCUUAGGGUCGUAGAAUACACAGUAUCCAGGAAAAACCCACACCAAGUUGAUAUGAGAACAGCAAGAGUGUUUUUAGAAGUAGCAGAGCUACAUCGAAAACACCUAGGAGGACAGCUUCUGUUUGGCCCAGAUGGCUUCCUAUACAUUUUUCUUGGAGAUGGCAUGAUUACUCUAGAUGAUAUGGAAGAGAUGGAUGGCUUAAGUGAUUUUACAGGUUCUGUAUUACGCCUCGACGUAAAUACUGACCUGUGCAGUGUCCCUUAUUCCAUACCGCGGAGCAACCCACAUUUUAAUAGCACAAACCAACCUCCUGAAAUUUUUGCACAUGGACUCCACAAUCCAGGCCGCUGUGCUGUGGAUCGCCACCCAACAGAUAUAAACAUCAAUUUAACAAUACUUUGCUCAGAUUCAAAUGGAAAGAACAGAUCUUCAGCAAGAAUCUUACAGAUAAUAAAGGGUAAAGACUAUGAAAGUGAGCCUUCGCUUCUAGAAUUCAAACCAUUCAGCAGUGGAGCCUUGGUUGGUGGAUUUGUCUAUCGAGGUUGCCAGUCUGAAAGACUCUAUGGAAGUUAUGUGUUUGGAGACCGUAAUGGAAAUUUUUUAACACUGCAACAGAAUCCUGCAACUAAACAGUGGCAAGAGAAACCCCUCUGUCUUGGCAACAGCGGUUCAUGUAGAGGUUUCUUUUCAGGCCCUGUCUUGGGAUUUGGCGAAGAUGAAUUAGGUGAGAUUUACAUAUUAUCAAGCAGUAAAAGUAUGACACAGUCUCACAAUGGCAAGCUCUACAAGAUCAUUGACCCAAAAAGGCCUUUAGUCCCUGAAGAAUGCAAAAGAACAGCUCAGUCUGCACAGACACUGACAUCUGAAUGCUCAAGGCACUGUCGGAAUGGGCACUGCACUCCCACAGGAAAAUGCUGCUGUAAUCAAGGCUGGGAAGGAGAGUUCUGCAGAGCUGCAAAGUGUGACCCAGCGUGUCGACAUGGAGGUGUCUGUGUAAGGCCUAAUAAAUGCUUAUGUAAAAAAGGCUAUCUCGGCCCUCAGUGUGAACAAGUGGAUAGAAACAUCCGAAGAGUGACAAGGGCAGGUAUUCUUGAUCAGAUCCUAGACAUGACAUCCUAUUUGCUGGACCUAACCAGCUAUAUUGUAUAGUUUCUGGGACUAUUUGGAAACUACACUUUCAACGGGCAUUUGUUUUGAAUCCUGUCAUUUUUAAAAGACGGUUGGUUAUCCUGCAACAAAUAACGGUGAUUUGAUUUACUUUAUUAAUUUAAAUAUAGUAUCCAGAAAUGUGCCAAUAAAUUUGUUGUAUGUGUGUAAAUAUUCCUGUACGUCCCCACGGAUGUACAGAUACCCAAUACAUGCACACAUACACGGGCGGGCACUAUCAUAAAUACGGUUUCACAGGUAGUGGAAUUUUUUUUUUAUAUAUUUCUUCAUGAGAAAUAGUUUACAAAGCAAUUCCACUGCAAACCACAAUUUCGUCAAAGGACUUUCCUGAUGUCAUUUUGGAUUCACUGACAUCCCAGAAACCUUGUGUCUGCAACUGCCUGAUUAUAGCAAUAAGAGAGCAGUUUUGAACCAUCGCUGUAUAAACUGCUGGACUUAAUGAAAUCCAGUUGUAACAGUUUUUAAGGCGAAAUGAUCUACGUUAUGAGAGAAUAUUUCAGAUCUCCUUAAUGCAUUCCUAUCUAGGCAAUUCAUUGUAAGACUGUAACCUUCACCUUCAUCAAUGUAACUCUAUUACAGAAUGUUACGCAUUUCUUUAUCUAGCAUAGAUGCAAAAAUCUGGUUAUCGCAGCUUAAUAUCAAGAUUGUUUCGAGUGUUUAAUAAUUAAAUUAUACUCGCAUAUUUCAAAACCAGUCAUCCUAGAAGGUCUGCUUUUUAUCAUAUAUUUUAUUUAACAAUGGGCACUGGGUUCAUGUUACAUAUUUAUAUUAUUUUAUUUUAUUUUAUUUUUAUAAUAUAGACAUCACCUAGAUGAGACAGCUUUGCCAUGUCCUGUAUAAUACUAAAGUUACAUUUUUCACCAACUUAAUUGGAAAGACGGGGAAAGAGAGAGCAAACACACUCUUUAUUGUGUUGUGGAUCUAAUCUAGAAAUGUAUCCUUGUGUCAACUUGUAUUCAUUUACGACGGAUGAAAAAACAACCACCAACCAAUCCUAAUAAAAUUCCAGCAUAUGUUAGAAGCGUUCAUAAAGUGAUUUUCACUAUAACAGGACGGGCCAGAUUAUACAUGAUUAGACUGCUACAGAUUUCACACUGAAUGGAACUUCACUGGACAAAAGCUCACAUUAGCACGUGUUGGCUGUGUAAGAUGUCACUUGUACAAAACGUAUAACAAUUAUUGCCAAAUAUGGUUUUAAAUGUAAAUGUUCCUUGAAGAGCUAACAUAAAAUUGAAUUUUUGUAAAUGUAUCAAUAAAUAUGGUGUACAUGCUCUAGUCAGGUUUUCUAAAGUAUUAAUAUUCUAAUUAGAUGUAUCUUCAGAAUCGGUGCCCUGUUAUCUCCAGCUCUGGGACAUUAUUGGCAGUUUCUUUGUUCACUGUUUACUGGCUAUCAGAUUUCCUUUGCACUACCUGGCUUUUAUAAAAUCUAGCCUGUAAAAAGAAAGUAGAGUAGCCACAGCAUGCACACACUAAUGGUUCUUAUAUGCAGCUACUCAUGCGUCAACAGUUUACAACACUUUAGGCAAUAACUUCUAGCAUACUCUAGCCAUAUUGCUCUCCAGUAGCAAAAUUCUCUUUCCAGGGUAGUGACAUGUAAUGAAUUUUCCUUUACGGAAAGUUGUCAGUCUUCAUUUAAUAAAUAUUAAAUCUUUAAGUACAGCAAAACUGUUACUUGUAUUUAUCUCUAUUCAGCAUUCCAGCUGAGAGGAACAGAAAAUUACACUUGCCUUCCAUAUAUGUUUGCUUGGGUUUCAAGUGACCUCAUGCCAAAUGGAAAUUGGUUGAGAGAUCUUGGUUAAGUGCUUAGUGAACAAUGGUCUGCAUUAAAAAGUGCAUGCAUAAUUUUGCACAAUGUAGAUUCAACUGACAGUCCAUUGAAAGACAUCUCAGGAUUAAAUGAGCAUGAAGACCAAAUUGCCCUCUCACCCCAGAAAAGGGUGGUCCCUUAUAGUCACACCAACACUUCAUUGGCUAAGCAGUGUGACCAAUCUUAAAAUGAACCCUGCAGUAGCAUCUGUAGGUUAAUAGCAGCUCUUUGUCUCCACUGCUUUCUGCCUUUAGUCUUUUUCCUGAAUUCCAUCACAAAAAGUUUUACAAUUAAAAAAUGUCCUGACAACCAUUUUUGUAAAUUGACCUUACCAUCUAAUCUUCCCUUAUUCAACGUGGGUGACAAAAAUGUGAACUUCUCAUGAAUGAGCCAGCUGUCUAAACCUGUCAGAUAGUGCAGUUUUAUUGCACUCUUCAUAAUCAGCAAAGCAAGA